GCGUCCUCUACUUAUAAGCCGCACUUCCAUCCCCUCCCCCCAAUUCUUCGCCUCCCUGAUUCCAUUUAAACACAAACGUAAUCCAUUUCUCAGCGAAAAAGGUAAAAACAAAAAGGGGAAAGAAAAGCAAAGAGAUAGGGAGAGAGACUGUGUGUGACAGGAGGCGGAGGCCGAUCGGUUCGGAUCCCGGAUCCGUGCGAUUGGCGCAGCGAUCGCAGUCGGAGCGGUGCGAAUGGAAGCCGGAACGGACAACCGGAGGCGGCGGAGGAUCGGCGGCGGCAAGAUGCCGAAGGGGAAGGCAGCGGCGCCGGAGGACGGGAAGAAGAGGUGCGGUCAGGGCCACCACCGGCGGGGGCAACGGCCGCGUCUGGUGAGGUACGAGGAGCUUCCGGAGUACCUCAAGGACAACGAGUUUAUCCUGGAUCACUACCGCGCCGAGUGGACCGUCCGGGACGCCCUCCUCAGCACCUUCGCCUGGCACAACGAGACCCUUAAUGUCUGGACGCAUUUUGGAGGGUUCUUGUUAUUCCUGGGGUUGACGGUGGCCGGGUCGAUGGACGCCAUCGAGGAGGUUCGCGACGCCGUGGUGCCUGGUCUCUCAAGUUUUAUGGUUAGAUCAAUGAACGCCACGUUAGGGGGAAAGGCUUCGUGGGAGAUUUUCUCGGAGCCUCUCAUGGUGGAGUCCCUCCGGUCGAAAUUGCCCUCCGGCGAUCGAGCUGUGCCGAGAUGGCCGAGACUAGUAUUCAUGCUGGGCUCCAUGAGCUGCCUUGCCAUCAGUGCAAUCUCCCACCUCCUCGCCUGCCACUCACGCCGCUUCAACCUCUUCUUCUGGCGGCUCGAUUACACCGGCAUCUCCAUUAUGAUCAUCUCCUCCUUCGUCCCUCCCAUCUACUACGCCUUCUUCUGCAACCCCUUCGCCCGCCUUGUCUACCUCUCCACCAUCACUGCCCUCGGCCUCUUUGCCAUCGUCACGCUCCUCGCCCCGGCACUCUCUACCCCUCGCUUCCGCCCUCUCCGCGCCUCCCUCUUCCUCGCCAUGGGUCUCUCCGGGGUGGUUCCGGCGCUCCAUGCAUUGUGGAUCCACUGGGAGCACCGUGCGUGCCAUGUGGCGCUGGGUUUGGAGGUGGUGAUGGGCCUGGCAUAUGGUAUAGGUGCAGGCGUCUACGUCAGCCGGGUGCCGGAGAGGUGGCGCCCGGGGGUGUUCGACAUCGUCGGUCACAGCCACCAGAUAUUCCAUGUGCUCGUGCUCGUCGGAGCGCUCACCCACUAUGCUGCCACCACUGUGAUCCUUGACUGGCGGGAUCGAUCAGGCGGAGCCUGCGCCGCAUCGUCCCUUGGCAUUGAUUUUGCCUUUUGAUAUGGCUUGGUUUGAUGGGAAUCAGAUGUUGUGUUUGGAAGUAGGAGGGUGGUUUGUUUUGGAGUAGAGGAGGCUGAGGAGAGGGAUGGCAUGCAGUGGAAGAAGCUGAGAGGGGGAAGACAGAGAUGGAGCUACGAGCAUGAUGCUAUUCUGCUGUUGUAUUGAUUUCAAUGCGGGCUAGGUUAACACCAUACCUAGGGCAAUUGGUAUACUACAGACUUUGAUUGUUGUGUUCGCAUCCAUUCAUUUAUGGAACAUUCACUGAGAGACUCUGAAGGUCUCAGCCCCUCAAAAUUCAUUGCCAAAACACUGCUAUUUACUGACCCUUUUUAUUUUUA